GCUGCUGCACAAGUCCUGGCUUUCCUUCAGCUCUAUUAGGCGCUCCGACACACACCGACACACAACGCCGACACACACUCUGAGACGAUCACAACACCGACACACACUCGGCGUCUCCUGAAGCUCCUGCAGAACCAGAGGAGGAAGAAAGAGGCUGGAAGAGUUUUGGCCUGAAGUCCUGCAGCCGCCUUGGAACUGCUGGGAUGAGGUGGUGGCUGGUGGUGGCCGGUCUGUGGCUGCUGGUGGUCCUGACCCUCCCUGAUGUUCGAGCCGGGGAUCGAACUCGCAACCAGGACGGUGGGAAUCGACGAGGGAAGAGGAAGAGGGACGGAUACGGUCACGGACGAACCAGAGCCGGGCGCUCUAGACCUCUGAAGAUCAGACUGGUUCCUGGUCCAGGCAUCCCAGUGGAACCAGCAGAAAACCGAGGAAAUGCUCUGUUUCUACAACCUUUAAGGAACUUCGAAGAACAGCACGCCAGCUACAACGUCAUCCCAGGUAAGCAGGGUCAGUGCUCGUACCAGGGUCUGACCAUGUUCGACCAGGCCGUCUGGUCUCCGAAGCCCUGCGUCACCUGCCUGUGCAGCGGCGGCCAGGUGGUCUGUGACGAGCUCACCUGCCCGCCUGUCGGCUGCCUGUUCCCCUUCACGCCGGCCGGCCAGUGCUGCCCCGUCUGCAUGGAUCCAGACCCCGACCUCAGCCUUGACCUUUCUGGUGACUCCCCAGUUCCCAGCGACCCAAGUGACCCGGUGACGCCUCUGACCCACGAGGAGAUCCAGCGGAUCCUCUGGAGGGAGGAGGAGGAGCACCGCGAGGAGGAGGAGCGCCUGAGCAGGAAGGACGAGGCCAGGAGGAAGAGGAGGAAGCAGAGGAAGGAGCAGGAGGAGAAGCAGAGGAAGAUGGUGGAGGAGAAGAGGCGGGCGGAGGAGGAGGCGCUGAGGUUGCAGCUGGAGAAAGAGGAAGAGGAGUGGAAGAGGAAGGUGGAGGAGGAGGAGAGGAGGAGGAAGGAGGAGGAGGAGGACCGGAGGAAGAAGGAGGCGGCAGAGAGGAAGGCGAGGGAGAUGGAGAGGAAGCUGGAGGAGGAGAGGAGGAGGCAGGAGGAGCUGCUGAGGCUGGAGCUGCUGAGCAUGGACGAGGAGGACGAGGAGGAGGUCUGGCUGAGAGGAGACGUGUUCCAGAUGCUCCCAGAGGAACCAGAAGACCUCCUGCCUGCUCCGAUACCGAAACCUCCAGAGGAGCUGGAGGAGGAGUACGAAAGGGAGACGGAGCACGAACGGGAGACGGAGCACGAAGGGGAGGAGGAGCAUGAAGGGGAGAGAGAGCAUGAAGAGGAGGUGAACAGAGGAGGCCUCCCUCCAGGUUGCGACAUCUCUGACGUUACUGUCACGUGUGAAAACGCCAAACUGACCUACUUCCCUCCUCUGACCAUCCCUGAGCUCAAGUCUCUCAGUCUGGAGGGAAACAGCAUCAGCAGCAUCCCUGCCGAGGCCUUUAACGGCAUCCCAAACCUGGAGUGGAUCAACCUGAAGAAGAACAAGCUCACGUCCGCCGGCAUCGACGCCAAAGCUUUCAAAGGUCUGAAGAUGCUCAGUCGUCUGUACUUGGACGGAAACCUUCUAGAAGUCGUACCUACAGACCUUCCUCCGAGCCUGCAGGAGCUGAAGAUCAAUGAGAACAAACUGAGAGGAAUCGACGAAAACAGCUUCCAAGAUCUGAGCAGCCUGGUGAUCCUGGAGCUGGAAGGAAAUGUGCUGAGCGAAGGGAACACUGAUCCUCUGGCCUUCGCUCCGCUCACCCAGCUCUCCUACCUCAGACUGGGCAGAAACCACUUCCGCACCGUUCCACAGGGUCUCCCCAGGUCACUGCUGGAGCUGCAUCUGGAGAACAACCUGAUAGAGGAAAUCUCAGAGACGGUUUUCAACCAGACCAUCAACCUGAACGUGGUUUCUCUGAGACACAACCGGCUGGAUGAGACCAGGAUCGCCCCCAUGGCCUGGAUCAACCACAGACAUCUGGAGUCCAUCGACCUCUCCCAUAAUGAACUUUAUUUGGUCCCGUCCUACCUGCCCAGAUCUCUGGUCCACUUGGUGCUGGUGGGGAACAACAUCGAGAGGAUACCCGGUUACGUCUUCGGCCACAUGGAGCCCGGUUUGGAGUAUCUCUACCUGUCCUACAACAAGCUGGACGGGGAGGGAGUCGAGCCGGAGUCCUUCUUCGGCUCGUACCACUCGAUGGUGGAACUGUGUCUGGACCACAACCAGCUGCUCUCGGUGCCGUCAGGCAUCAACGAAAUGACCAACUUGCACUUCCUCAGACUCAACAGCAACAAGAUCAGGACUAUCCCCGAUGAAAGCAUCUGUGACCCGAACCACAGCGGAGACGCCACGCUGGUGGCCUUGAGGCUGGAGAACAACUACAUCGACCCCCAGAAGAUCUCACCGACGGCCUUCUCCUGCGUUCGAGCCUCCUCCAGCGUCGUCUUAAAACCCCAGAAAAGUGACCGGAGCCUCCCCAAGACCAAAAACUAAGAGACACUCGCUUAUAGCCCCAAAAAACAGGGUUAACAUUUUGAUUUUCAUUCUGCCAACAGAAGUCAAAGCGAAAGUUCUGCCCACCAUCUUCCACUGAUGUUGUAUCGGACCAUUCCAUGAAAAACCCAUCUGACCUCCUCAGAAUCAGCUGGUUCUUUGUCUACAGUAACUUUAGUAUAAUUAAUGACGACAUGCAAAGUUUUACCUUUAUACUAUGAAUAUUUUCAGAAUUACAGGCCCUUAAAGUACACAGAGGAGGGUCCAAAAUUCACUGGAUUUACCAGGGUUUAAUUUCUUUAGUGAAUAGAAUCUAAAAUUUUACAUUAUGUGAGAGUUUAAAUCUGACUAUAUUAGAAAAUCAGAGUGAAUCAUGUCUAUUAGAUGAUCCUGGUAUCUUCUGUACGUAAAAUGAUCCUUUCAUUGUCUAGAACUUGUUCUGACCAACCACCAUCACACAUGCUGAUAUGAACCUUGAAAGUUUACUCAGAAUGCACUUUGUAAAGUUUUCUCUGUUGAAUUAUCAGGAAACAGAAACACAUCCAGGAAACCAACGAUUGUUUCUGUAACUCUAUAUCACAGAUAUACCGUUCAAUGUAUGAUGCAUCCCAUAAUAUUUCUGCUCAAAGGUGAUUAUAGAAACAAAAAAUAGAUGUAGUCCUUAGACUGUGACACUUGGAUGCAUGUAAAAUUGGUGUGAUUGCAGAUUUGAACAAUUCCUCAAAUUUCACGUGUCCAUCUCCUGAACUGAUGGAGUUCUGAGGCUCACAAAUGACUGAAUUAUGUACAUCAAGGGUCCGUCACUCUACAAAUAUUCUUAGCAUGAAGGCAAACCUUUGCACAGCUUCAUUAAAUGUACUGAAGUUACUGUAGAUCGUAAAAACCAGCUGAUUCUGAGGGACUCUGGGAGCUUUCUUCAGAUCUGUUUGAUUUAAUGCAGAAUGACUCGCAUGUUGCUGGAAUAACAUCCAAACGCAGACGAUAUUACAAGAAAAAAAAAAGGCUCCAUGUGAACAUCUGAUGUGCAGGUUGAACACGAAAUAAAGGAAUUUAUCUGUCAAAGCUCA